UGUUGGCGGAGACAUAUAGUCCGGUCUAUUGUCAGCCAGCGAUGCGUUCCAACACGUCGCUCGAGAGGUGUAACGUACUUGACCCCUGCAUUCACGUCACGUCCUUUCCAGAACGAUUUGAGCGCCUCAGCUUUAACCCGGAAUGGUGCCUUUGUUGCGCCCUCAUUCCCUUGGUUCCUAGCAAUAGGGCUAUGUCUAACAUAGGGUCUACGACCCCAACGGACAAUAAAUUUGAUUUAUAAAAAAAAAAGCCCUUCUUUCCCCCCCCCAACACACACAGAAUGAACGCGGAGUAUUCAGUUGAUGCAGUUGCGGCGGCGAGGAGUCUGCAGACCUACACAUACAUCUACACGUCGGCGGCUACAUUCUGGGCCUAUGAUUAUGUUUGUUCACUUCACCAGGAGUUCACGUUCCUGUUUCAAUCGCGCUGGACCAAGGUCAAAGGCCUUUAUAUUGUUACACGAUACGUUCCUUUUCUCCUCUUCGCCGGCCAUCUGUAUCUGAACUUCAUUCCCAAAGAGAACCCCGACGAAUGCCUGACGUUGAACAAUAUUUGCUCAUGUCUCAGCCUAAUAUCAAUCAUUUGCUCCGAGUGCUUUUUCAUUCUGAGAACAUAUGCGCUGUGGAACAACAACAAAUUCGUGCUCGCAGUCAUGGUGACCGCCGGUCUCGCCGUCGUCGUAACAUCCAUCACCGUCCUCUUUGCCGCGACUACGACAGCACCAUAUGUGACCAGCCCGAUCCCGGGCAUCACAGGCUGCUACCUGUCCUCUGCCAGCAUCGAGCUCUUCGUACCGUUUGUUCUUUUGUUGGCGUUCGAAUUGGGACUCAUUUCCCUCACGCUUAUACGCGCCAUACAGAGCUGGCAGACGACCAACAACCGUCUGUUCGCUGUCCUGCUAAAGCAUAACAUAUUCUACUAUGCAUGUGGUCUAUUUUUCUCGGCAGCAAAUGUCUUCAUGGGUCUGCUCCUCCAUUACUCGUACAACGUCAUGUUCGAAGAUUUCCAGCUCAUCAUCCUCGCGAUUCUUGCCACACGCAUGCACCUCCAUCUCUGGCAUGUCGACCGGCACAUACAUGGAUCUGACGCCCUCAUGCUUAUUCCAUUGUCUGAUGUAUCUUCUUUUUUACCUAGGACUCAGGAGGAGACGCGGUAAGUUUGGUCAGAUUGGAAUAACAAGACCACUACAGGCGCAUAUAAUGUCCCAUUGACUGUGCAAUCUAACGUCGUUCAUUAAGUCCCUUG